GCUUCGAAUCUCAGUAAUUUUUCAAACACUGCUGCCAAUAACACCACUGAUAUUCUAGAAGAAGUGAAGGAGGGAAAACAAAGAACGAUAUCUGCCCGUGAUAACGUUAGUGGUGAGUUAUUUAUCCUUCGUUCCUGUUAGCUUGAGCUUUUCGUAGCAUCAACGCUGUUAAACAGAACAUAGUUAAUUGAAUGGAAUGGUUAUUGUGGGCCUGAAAAUGCACAACGUUCAAAAGCAUUCCUUUCAUUUUGAUUGUAUUGACCAAUAAAAAAGUUGCAAUAAUUUAUUCCGUAACAAUUUGCCAACAGAAAACAAAGGAUUGUACACUUUCGUGGUGCUUCCAAGAUAAACUGCAGCACUGUUGUUUUUAUGAUUGAUAUUUUAUCGCUUUUCAUAACCAUUCUCCUCUAAUAACUAUGAACAGAGUAACUUGUAAAGUGAAUAGGGAAAAGAUACGGUAUAAUUCUGAUCAUUUGACAAGAUGUAGACCAAAAUGAUUGUUUGCAUUUUUGACUUCAUCUGCUCUUUUUUACUUAAAGUAGUGCGACUCUUGACUGUAUACUUCGGCAAAAAGUUGAAACUUUGUUACCUUUGUGCUGCAGUUGUGAAUGAGUUAGUUAGAGAUGUACUAGCCGCUAUCAAUGAGCACUUUGCCGCCGCAUCACAAGAUUUAACGGAUUCAGCAGAAGUUUUGAGCCUAACAAGAGAAAGAAACUUCAGUCAGUAUACAAUGAACAUAACUAACAUAACCCAUCUUGCUGAAAACGCGUCUACCUACGCAAAGGAAACGUUGAAAAAGGUAUGAAUUGUAAAAGUUAGAAAGAAAUUAUUGGAGUUUACCAGAUUUGUUUCUCCAGGCAACUUUUAAGCCGUCUACAGGCACAUGCCAGCCAAAGCACCUUCGGUUCCUUAACAAUCAUAUUAUUGACUAAAUAUCAGCUUCCGAAUGGAGAUGGAAAAAUAGAAAUACCACAAUUUUCGAUAGUUUCAUUCUUUUCAUCUUUUCUAAGAUCUUAGACUGAAGAUUCUGAACAGAUCCUUGUUGCUGACACUUGUCCUUCAGGUCUUUUCUCAGUUAUUUCUUGCCCAUGAGCUUGGUGCCUCAGUCGAGAUAAGAGCCGCUAAUUUCACCGAGAUUCAAGCAGCCUGGAACCAAUCACACACACAGUUCUUGAAUACAAUGGAACAAGUCUAUAACCACUCACACGAGAUACAAACAAUACUUAUGGAGACCAAGGUAUGGUGCCAUCUUGAAAACGGCCUUGUUUUUACUUUCUUUAAAAUGAAUGCGUUUCUUGUCAUUUUUCUAACCUUUCCCACAUACUCUCUAUUGGCCUCAUCUAACUGUGAGUCAUAGAAGCAUUAUGAGAAAUAUUCUUUGAUUUUAUUCUUUAUGUUAUAUUUCUUAGAGAAUCAUGGAUGAAGAAUUGCUGACUUUAAACAGAACUGAGUCUUCGUUGUUAAAAACAAACGCCACGUUAAUUAACGCAUGGAAUGUUCUUAAGGAGGGCACAUUACUACUUGAGGUAACUAAAGGACCCCCUUAGUUGUGAAGGACUCUUAACGCAAGAUUUUUUACCUGAAGAAAACGAUUCUCAGUUUAUUGAUUCAAAAUGAGAGUCCAACUUUUUUUACUAUGUUCAGAUCGGACCAUCUGUCGCCAGUCAGUGAAUAGUUAAAACAACUUGAUACUCAAACACUGUGUCCAGGUUUGACCAUCUCUCUCGCUGUACCCAUUUCUGUGCAUGAAGAGGAACAUGGCGACUACACUGACUUGAGCCGUUAUGGAGAAAAUAAUACUUUCACAUUCAAGGCCACUGAAAAUUUUCUUGUAGUUGAAAUUGUUUACCGACUCUCCCGAGUUGUUUUUUAAGGCCGCUAGAGAGGUAAAAAGAUUAUCAGGUAGAAGAGAAAAGAAACAAAGCAAAAACAGAGAUAAGAAUGCUUACGUCUGUUUUGUUUGUAGCAAUACCGCCACACAAUACUGUUUGUAAGUGGAGAAUUGGAGAUUUCUAUGCUGAGAUACGAACUGGAAAGAACAAAGUUUGUUGUGCGGGUGAUGAAGGGACGUAAUCUGCCCGCCAGAGACUCUCCUGCCCAGACCUCAGAUCCUUACGUUGUGAUAUCAGCUAUUCCUGAUUGGAAUAACGAGGGAACUAUGAGGACUUCUCCAGUUAACGGUGCGGUUCACUGAUAUUCAAGUAAUAAUUUUGAUUAAACCUAUCAUCAGCCCCAAAGCUAACAUAUAUACACACGACCCAUUAUAGGGCUUCAAUUCUGUUGAAUUUGAAAUAACUGUAAUCAAUCACCAUUCUCUUAUUAGACACUGUUACAGUUUUAUUUGAGAAAGGUAACUAUUUUUUCAAAAAUGAUUAGCGAGGGAGAAAGUGUCGUCAUUGAAAACUGGUUUUAAACGAGUUAGUGUAGGUCUGUAUCAUCACUUCUCCCACCAGAGCAAUUCAUUCGGAACAAACAUUGUAUCUGCUAUAUCUACUCCCCUUAUUUUGCAGGAAACUUAAACCCAGAAUUCCCAUUUAAGCUGUUCAGCUUUACUAUUCCUAUGGAGCAAUUGAAUUACACGAAAGUGAGACUGGCCGUGUAUGAUCAUGACCCUGGUGACGAGGAUGAUUUCCUGGGUGUGGUGUUUAUUGAUUUGGCCACCGCUGGAGACUUCUUCAAUAGCGUGAUCACUAAAUGGUACCCGCUGCUACCUCAGGUAAAACAUAAAAGAAGAUUUACAAAGUUAAAACGAAAAGAAAUAAAGCCGACAAUCACGGCGUCAGUGUAUAUUCCCAUAUGAAUGUUUUUUCCACUUUAUCUUAUAUUCUGGGCGAGUAUCUUAGCGUUCUCAGUAACACUUUUUGGUGAAAAGUCAUGUUGCUUGAGAUGAUAUUCACCAGGGCUGCUGCUUUUGUAUAAACUCCUGACUCGAAGUGUAAUCGGCGCUUCGUAGGUUGAUAAUUCCGUGUUCACUUCCGUGUUCUGUUUGAAGCGCCAACUUAAGCUUUACAGUGUCACUGCUGUAGUACAGUAGUAAGCGUAACCUUUUGAGCGCUCAAAAACCCAAUCUUUUUCAGGACCUAUCUCAAAUCGAUAGCGGGAAUUUUGUAUCGUCGAGUGGACUUACAGAUGUGUCAAACGUACUCGAAAAAGAAAUCAGGAAAAUGCAAAUGAAGUUGAGUGUUUCUGAUAUUAGUUUACAGCAAGCUCAAAAUCAAGCAUCGUACCUGGAAUCACUCGCUUAUCAAAUGGAACUGUGAGUACAUUACAAAAAAAAAAAGAAUUAUUUCUGGUAUGUGGGGUCAGAAAUAGCUGGUCCCAUUGGGCUGGCGUACCUUUCAACCAGCCUUAACAGGCAAAACACUUCUUGUUUAAGAAGAUUUCUCCGCCAAAUCGUUUGCUGGCUAAACUACUAAGGCCUCCUAACAGGAUGGUAGCUUACGUAGGAUAUUAGUGGUUGCUUUAUUCAAAAUUUGUUAUUCUUUUUACUUUAUUGAUGGACUUUUCCUGUUAUUUAUUCAAAGGACAUUUAACAGCAGUCGUGCUCACGGUUCUUUACCGUUGCUGGCAAUCGACAGAUAUUCUGAAAUAGCAGAACUUGUCAACAGAUCGCUGGAUCUUGUUGAACUAGCCAACAUUACUGUUAGCAGCAUAACUAAAAAGGUAAAAGGAAACAAACCUCAAUAAAUAUAAUGAUAUAAUCUUAACGAAUGAUUUUUCUUUGAAAUUGUUGAAGAUAUUUUUUUUUACUGACUUGGUAUUAUUUUUUACCCCUUUUUUAUAGCUCAGUGUGAUUUCACUGGCCGAUUUGAAACACAACGCUGAAAUGGCCUGGUCAAGUCUACGUGACCUUUACAACGUCACACUUGAAAGAAACGCUACUGCACAUGGUGAGUUUAUAUCAAUAUGCUUGUAACAUUUACUUACAUUGGUGAAACCAGCAGAAACCUUAGCACGCGACUGCCCGAACAAAAAUGAGCGAUGAGGAAUGGUGACGUCAACAAUCACAUUGCUGAACACCAUGCGGACGAAACAUGAAAUUGACUGGGACUCUGCGACAUGCAUUACGUAUUCUACAGACUACUAUCAACGACUUACUAUAGACAGUUGGUUUACUAACUUAGAACAAACGCCACUGAAUCGUAGCCAACAGUUACUAGCACCGUACAAACGACUUAUUGACGAGAUCAAGAAAAACUAACUACGAGAGAACGACCGGAGAACUGACAAUUUAACUAACAAUAAACGACUGUUUAACUGUGUUGAGACGAGUACAAUACCAUCAACUGACGUGACACAACUCACUUUGACGCUGAAGAUGACUACCGCACAGGUUGUCGAAACGUCAGUCACUGUCAUGUCAACAACAGUCCUAUUCUGGACUACUUUCACUCGGACGAUCAAACUCAACCUACUUUUGAAAUGACUCCUGGGUUCAACCCUUUCACAAUUUUUACACAAAUAAACGAACUGCAAUAGGCUGUCUCAACCCUUCUCAUAUUGCCUUUUCGUGGGCUUUGCAAUGAUAGGAAGAGCCGACGACAGAAAUUUCCUUGACCAGCGUCUCGCUCUUCAAUUCUCUCAAUCCGAAGAAAAUAUCACUUAACGUCAACCCAUUUCCCGACGAAUUUUAAGCGUACUGAAUAAUCAGCACUCAAGUCAAAGAAUCCGGUUAUUUUCUUUGGGAAAUUUUGAAGUAGUUCUUGCGCUGUAAAGUUCGAAUGAAUCAUAGUUAAGGCUACCACCAGAACAUGGCGCAGCUAUCUCUGAUUUUUGUGUCAAGCGUUUCGUUCUCAGAACAAAAUACUUGCGCUAGAGAUAAGAAGGCUUGGUGUUUUUCCUUUUUCAUUUAGGAAAAAUGGAUACAAAUAAAAAAAGGUUGUUGAAUAGCUGAGAAAAUACUUAAAAGUUUGCAGACAUGAAAAGUUUAACGUAUAAAAAGAGAUUUAUAUUUCUUAAUUUCCAGGUCUGGAAAAGGACAUUUACGAAGCAAAUACAACGUUCUUGAAUUCCCUUGCCUUGUGGGAUGAAAUAUAUGACAAGUUUCCUGUCAUUCAGAAUGCGGCUGUAAGGUUGCAAGCGUCUGCGAGCGGCGGUGAGUUAAUUGAAAAAAGUGAUAUGUGAUACGUGAUAUGUAAACGGACGGGUAAUUUUCGGAUACAUAGGGUUAGAGAGCUGCCAUUACAAAAUUGUUCUUAGAUUUAAAUUCUUAAUGAAAGGUAUCUUCUUGGUUUCUGAAUCCUUAACCAGUCUUCGUAAAUGAGUAUCCCGCUUUACUCCUCAUUAUAGCUCCAGAUGUGGUUCCUUUUCUAAUGGAUGCACGGAAUGAAGUACAAAAUGCAAGCGUGAUGUUGACUGGCCUGGAAUUGCAUCUCAGUAAUAUGCAACAACUGAUUGACCUAUUGUUACGAAAAACGACUGCUAUUAAGAGCAAUUCCGACAACGGGAUAAUGAUGAUGAACAAGGCUUUGGUUAAUGGUAAGUAACUUACUCACCGAACGUAAUUGGUCAACCUCUAAAUACAAAUGUCAGUGAAAUGUUGUGACACUUGCUCACUUCACUUAGCUGUCUAUUACUUCUGCUACUGCUUUUGCUACUACUACUACUACCAUGGAACCAUUGGCAGUAAUACCAGUUAUACUAGUACUGCCAUUUACACUAAUUUUAUCACAAUACGGUACAAAAAAAAUAUUGACAACGUUGGCGUCCAUUGACUGCGCUAUUGUCAACUGAAUGUUCACUAUUUUUUUUAUCACCGACGUUGCUUAAUGUACAUUUUUAAGAGAUAAUUCACGUUUUAUUCUAGUACAAAAUAUCACAACAAGGCUGACCCCAAAUCCAGAUGAGCCUCCUGUCAAUGUCACUGUACGAGAGGCUGCAGCAGUUAUGACCUCACUUCCGCCGCUUCGACAACAGAUAGAAAACCAGAUGGAGAACGCGUCAAAUAAACUAAACCAGAUAAGACGAAUGGUCGCUUCCAUUCCCCUUGCCCUUCAUCUGACAAAUGAUUCUUCAAUUACAUUUGUUCCUUCGAGGCGCACUAUCGAGUCGCCCUCCAUAAAUGAGAUUUCUUUUGAUAUUAAGACCAAUAUCAGCGAUGGAAUAUUGCUCUAUGUUGUUGGUGAGCAAGACAUUGAACCUAAUGAGCGCUCAAAUGAGCUGGUGAGUGAUAUUUUAAGAACCUCAGAUUAGACCAUCAUCACUCUAAACCGUACCAUAGGUAUUAGGAAAAAGCUGAAACACAAGUUAACUGACAUUUUGAAAGGUCCGCCUCUUUAAGCCCUUACCUGUAUUUUCCGCCUUAGGAAGGAAGACUGCAACUACUAAUGGCCUUGCUUUAAGAGGGUCUCUCUUGACAUUCGCUCGAAAAUAAAAGUCUCAGGUCUCAGAAAUGGAUUAUUUUGCACACCUAAAUUAUGUGUAAUGGACGUUACCACUUUGUUUUUCAAUUCUCUCUCAGUAUUCCCGCCGUUAGGGUAAGUUUAUCAGGGCUUUUAGAAUAUCACUCCAAGUAAAAUCUUACUGCAACUAUUUUUUUCUUAGACAAACAGCCUUGGCUUCUACAUAUCUAACAGCCUUGUCCACGCGGUUUUUAACCUCGGUGGCGGUCCAACUGUGGCUCAGAAUUCCUUGGAACUUAAGAAUGACACUUGGUACAAUAUUUACUUUACCAGGUAUAACCGUUUCUAGAAAAACUUGCCCCUCUUUGAACCCUUACAUCAAGGAUGUUUAUCAACGACUUUUUUUCUCAUAAUACUCUUAAAAGGAAAUUAAAUAGUAAUUUACUGAAAGAAUAAAGUUUGCACUUAUUGAGACCUAAAAAUUACACAAUAUUAAAGAUGCCUCGGUACUGAACACUUAAAUUGUGAGGGAUGAUUUGUUUCCUAUCUCCUCUUAGUUAUUUCUAAGUAAUAUCAACCAGAAGUGAUAUUCAAUGCUAAAAAUAGUGUGUGUGAUAAAUAUUCAUCCAGAUUUGGUGCUGAGGCAUUCUUAACUGUCAGCGGAGACUCAGAGAGACGUGAAACAGUUAGGGUGAAUGGCUCCUCCAACAGCGAAGACGGCAAACUGAAACUUACAAACCAAAGUGUUAUUUACGUUGGUGGAUUGCCUGCUGAUCUCAAGGUACUGCGAAAUAGAGAAACCGCUUAACAAAAGGAAGCUUUUCUGUUUUCGUUACCAGUAAAAGUAAUCAUCAGUCAUAACUGAUACUGAUACUGCCAGCUGUUAAGUAAAAUGAAAAAAUGUGUAUCAUCUCAAAUUGAUAAAUUAGCUAUGAUAACAAUGUUAUACCAGUGUCGGUUAUCUUCCGGUGCUGUGGCUUUAAGUCGAAGCAACACAUUUGAUAAAACGGACGAUUAAGAUCAACAACCCCCUUCCUUAUUAAAUCACAAUUGAACCCUUGGCUAAAUUAAGUGUAACAUUUUGAAUCAUAUUUUAUUUUAACUGAAGCUCUUUGUUAUUUCAGGAAUCCCAACAGGUCUCCAAUUAUUUCAAAGGAAUCAUCGAUAACUUGAUUAUAGAUAGCAUUCGGUACAAUCUCUGGAAUCCAAAACAAGCUUAUGGUGACGGUAGACUAUAUGCAGUUUCUCGCCAUAGAAGGCUGUUUUAUCCACAGAACGGAAAGGCCGUUAGUUUCCAUGGUAACGGUUACAUUCAACAUGCCCUGGGUCCAUUUAAUAAUAGCAUGGGAUAUACUGAGGUGGAAGUGGAGUUGAGAACAUUGCAUCAAAAUGGGAUCAUCAUGGCAGUCUCAAAUAAGCAACAGAAAUAUGUCUUCGUUAUCUACCUUCAACAUGGACGUGUUUAUUUCUACUUUCAAACUGGACAAAGUGAUGCCGGGAUCACUCUAGAAAGUGUAAGGUAAACAAACCUUUACUGCUAAAAGUGGAACUCACCCUGACUUACACCGAAAUUUAAUUAACUCAUCAAAAGUCAAAAUUGUUAAUUUGAAAGCUUUCAUUUUAUUCCUUGAAGGAUUGGAAAAAAUCCCCACCUAUUCUGGCCUAUAAGAAAUUAAUCAGAUGAGUUGGUUAUUAAGAUAAAAUGUAACAAUACUGAAGUUGCAAAUUCCUUCACUUUAACUGUCGGUAAUACUCUGUUUUCAGGUCUUCAUAUGGAGAUGGCCGAUGGUAUCGGGUUCGUGUCAUUCGCACGUCUGUUAAUGCGACGCUGGCGGUGAAUCUAGUGGGCUCAAGGGAGACUCCAGAUGGUCGCUUUGUCGACAACGGUAUCUCAGCAUUUGAGAGUGGACAUGAGAUCACUUUUGGGGAUCUUCACCCAAACAGGCCAAACAGGUUUUAUUAUCCCUAGACAGUCUAUUAAAAAAUGUUGAUUAAAGGCCGCACGGUUCAUAAACACGUUACCACCUAAGACGUGUUAGGUUUCCUGGCGAAAGUUUCUUAUUGGCAAUUUGGCUUCAUUGAAAGUGCAAAUUAGAAACCAGCUUUACCCUUCAUAAAUAAGUUCUCUUGGUAGGCAUUGAUUCUUAUGCAGCGCUUAUCUUAAAACAUGGUGUUGUCGCAAAAGGAGUCCUAGGUCCAGUAGGUUUACUAAUAUAUGUUAAAAAUCAAUUUUUCAGCGACAGGCCUUUUUCAACAACCGACCCCUUUUCUGGUGACAUGAACAAUUUACGGUUGUUUAGCGAGGAAACUGCUUCUCUGAUUUCUCGAACCUUCAAUGACGCAGCGCUAAUGACUGCAAAACAAGGAGUUUCUUUUAGUGGAGGUAUAAAAGGACCGGUGAGUAAAUGGUCAUCGAACGAUUUGAUAACACAAUAAGCUGGUGUUAUUAACGGAGUUCAGCGUUAGCAAUUAAAAGGGAGCGAAACAGUCUGUUUCCCUACAAAAUUAAACUUGGUCGCAUGCGAGCCACAUAGGAAUUCAAAGGAAUACACAUAGAAACACCCAAACAAGGAAGGAAACCACACUCCUCCAGCGUGCAAAGAAAGUCGGGUCCGGUAGCCCGGGGCUAGUGGAUUUUGUUAUCCGGCUAGUGAAUUCUGCUCUUAACUUGCCCGAUAGGCAAGUGAGGUUUUUUGAGGGAUUCAAAUUACAGAAGAUUUGUGAAUCAAUUCUACUCAGACAAAAGUUUGUGGGGCUAGCUGAAAUGACUUUUGGGCUAGUAAAUGGGACUGUAGCCUCAGCUUGCCAGAAUGGCAAGCUGUGAAAAUGACUUUUUUUGGGUCCUGUCUUCAAGUGGAGGCAUUCAAGUUGUCCAAGUGACCGUGGUAAUAUGCAAACGAAACUGACAUCACAACGAGGAGACCGUAGACUUGUGCUUAUAUUCUUCGACGAAUAAAAAAGAAUAGUGUUGUUUUGAGGUUUUCCUGUGUAACGGGCGUUUUUUCACUCAAAAAUCACUUUCUGACUUGAGGUCUACAACGGGCCAAUAAAAUGUUUUGUAUGACAUGGAGUUCAAGUGUUAGUUCUUGUUAUUACGUUUACAGAUUGAACAUGGAACACGUUUCUAUGGUUACCGAGAGGAAGUAGAAGAAUGUUCGCAUGCAAGUAUUGAUAUAGGCAGUGAAACGGGGGAUAUGACUUCUUUGACAUUCACCUUCAAGACCAGGGAGGAAAGCGGGGUACUGCUCUACAGCGGAAACGACGUGAGUCGCUUUGAACAAAACAUAGCUUAUUUGUCAGCAUAUAGUUCGUAAUUUCCAGAAGACAGAUGAUUAGGCGUGCCAUUAGUGGGCAAAUGAUUGAAAGGAUAGUACAUGGAAGGAAAAAAGAGUAGACAAAGAGAUGAGUGACGAAAACAAAAGUUUAUUCCGAAUAUCCUGCCAGUCCAAAUGCAACAAAUUUUUACAUACAGGAGUUAUGUGUGGGAAACUAAGAUGAAGCAGUCAGCGGGCGAUAUGAUUAUAUAACCCGACACCUUACCAUCAUAAGAACAGCUAUGUCCAAUUACCUUGUCAUGGAUUGUUUAUCAUUUCCAUGGACACCACUAGUUAUCAAAUAUGUUUUGUAUUUACAGGAUUCACCAACGCUAUAUUUAACAUUACUACACGGAGACUUACUGCUAUGGCUGGGUGAUCUUAAAUCCCCUGCGGUAUUUUCUUCGUCAAAUAUCACCUUCUCUGAUAAUUCCUGGUAUGUCCUCCGUCUUACCGCUGUGGAAAAUAGGUAGGUUGACAUCAACUUUGUUUUCGGAUAAAAUAAAUAACGCAUCAAAAUGAAAUGUGAUUUUAAAAGGGAAUUAUGAAAGAAUAAUCAUGUUGUAACACACAAUUUGUGUCUCAUUCUUGUGUCAAAGUUGUCUUAACACAGAUAUCUCUUUUUAAUAGAUACCUGCUAUAUGUGAAUGAUACGUUUCUUUAUUCUGGUGUCUGGAACGUUCCCGGGUCGACGUUGACUCUUCGUAAGCCUUUCUACAUGGGUGGUGUACCAAGAAACAUGUCUGUUUAUGUUCCAUUUGCACUUUGCUUUCAAGGAGGAAUGAAAGACUUAGUUAUUAAUUCACGGUAAACUAAACAAGAUAAUUUUUUAAGUUGCCUUAACUUACAAAGCACCUGCUUUUUUAUUUUGGUUAAGAAACAAUGAGUAGUAUUGUAGGGACCGUUUGCUCCUAUUUUGGGUGGUUUUAUUUGCAGCAUUCACUAAUCGUUGUCAAGAUUGGCUGUUGAGUUUUAAUUGUUUUUAAUCUAUAAAAUAAAAAAUUUCAACAAAAAUACGACAGCUAUGCGACAAAUGAAUCCACUCGCGUGUCAACUCACAUGUCUCACUGAACCUUUAUCUAAUUAACUAAACUGAAUUUCUUUCCAUAAGUUCAAUCGUUCCAGUUCCACUGCACUUCAAUUCAACCACCACCAGACCAAAAAAAAAAAAAACAACAACAACAACAACAUCUUUAUUUCUUACAUUAAAUAUACUAAUAUCACACCACCUGCAAAUAGCAAGGCUAAUCGAGGCAGGUGGUGUGUAGACGGCUUAAGAUUUAUUACGAAUAGUUGAAGUGAAAAAGUACCAUAUUUAUAAUAAAAAAGGUCAGUCACGAGAGAAAUUGAGAUAAGAAAAUCGAGGCAGCUAUUUAGAUAAGCGGGGGCUAAUAUUUUUUAAAAUCGGAGAUUAUCGUGUUUAGGUCAGCAUAUCUAUCCUGAACUUCAAAUAUUUCAUGACAUACAAAUUGGCGUGUAUUUCAUUGACCACCCUAUGACCUCAUCGACGUUAAAGAAAAAGUUGCUUACAUAGCAGGUCGAUUUAAAGCAUAACGGUACAGUGCAUCUUUUUGGUAUUUAUAGCGCUACAUUGCACGCGUUUUCAUUGAUUACUAGUUAGUUUGUAAUUAUGAGAAUAAUUUUAAUUACUGAAAUUUGCAUUUUCUGUUUGCUUUCUUUAGCAAUGUCAGUUUUUUCUCCGGACGCACUAUCGGUGUAUCGAGCGCUGGAGUAAUUCCUGCCCGAGUACCUCCUCCUGUUCCUAAGACAUGCAGUGCCUCACUUGAUCCAUCGACCUCAUCCAACAAUCCUAAAACAGUGCACUUUGGUCUCUUGGAAAGCAAAAGACAGAGCUACAUUGGAUUCAACUUGACUGGCGAACGAAAUGCCGUGUUCAGUUCCGAGUAAAUGAAUUUGCUAUAUUCAACUCUUACUAAUUUUCGCAGAUUUUUUAUUUAGACGAUGAUUUGAAACCCGGCGGCUACUAUCUGUCAUGGAAGCUAAUUUAGUCUCAGCUUCGAUGUCAAAGUGCAAACAUAUCAGACCAGGUGGAUCUCAAGGACAAACUUUGUCUAUCUAAGCCUCAAUGAUGAAGGAAGCUGUUCAUGCUAAAAUUCCCUAGACCCCUCAUCCCUUGCUUUGCCAAGAUAGUGUGCUCGUAGGGUAGUGACAAAGUCGUAGAGAAACCUAACAAACAAUUUGAAAUGAUAAAUAACUACACCUUCUGAUGUCUUCGUCGAUGUUUAGACUUAAAAGUUAGGUUAAUUAUCACUAACAAAUUUUUUCGCCGUUAAAACUUUCAAUUUGAUUUCUAGGUACUAAUGAUUUCUCGUGCAUAGUGAUGCAAACAAACAAAAUAUCUUGCACUUAUUGUAGUUUUAAUGUUUUUCAGUUUUGUAGUUGGCUUGUACUUCCGAGCUCUUUCUUAUGACGGCCUUCUUCUGUACGGUACUGAUAAUGACACACAUCCAACUCAGUUCUUUUCACUGGAGCUCGUGCGUGGUCGAUUAGUUUACAAAUUUGACUCCGGUAGAGGGCUGGUAUCAAUAACUACUAAAGACAAGUACUCUGGUAAAGGUGUCUGGUACAGGGUAUGUGGGCUUUCAUUAAUAGUACAACUUCGAAAAUCGAAAGAGGUCAAGCAAUUUCUGUCACUUACUCGUCACUUCAUCGGUCACUUCAUGUAUACAACAAUUAGAAUUUAGAGUAGCACUGGUCGCUAAGCUAGACAAAUUUAUGCAAAUAAGAAGUAUACUUUAGGUGAACUGUAAGUACCAAUCAAAAAGCCGAAAAUUCUUUAAACCGGCGGCCAUUACAUCACAAAAUGUUCCAUUCCCUAAUUAUUCGAGAUGGCUGUAUUUAAAACCGUCUAUAAUCCAAUGAAUACAGUCGCCGGAUCAGUAUAGUAGUCAAUUGCCCUAGUACAUGGAAAAGGCGGAUCAGCAGAAAAGACUUAAUGAAGAAACAUAGAGGCAAACGGGUCCUUGCAAGUGUUAAUGUUGUAUAAUUCAUUUCAGGUAUAUAUCCUACGAUGGUUUCAUUUUGGAGCUAUAUUGGUAAAUCUCAGAGAAUAUACAAACGGCGGACAUGUUCCGCCUAGCAAUGCCAUGAACCUUACUCGGCUUUAUAUAGGUGGACUACCAAGUCAUGUUUUUGCACCACAUCUUACUAACAGGUAGGUUAAGAACUUUUGCAAAUCAUUUAAAACAUUUUAAACCUCAGGGGUGGAUCUGCUACACAGGCUUUAUCGGCCUUUUCAGGUGUAUUGAUUUGAGGGUAGGGUUUUUUUCUUAUGGGUUAGAAGGGGGUUCAGACCCUCCCAAUAGCUUGGUAACAUAUUGAGAACAACUUGCCAGAAGUUCUUUUGCCUUUAACACGUCCUUUAUAAGACACUUUUGUUGCAAUGCACGUAAGCAGUUCCAGGGUCGAUGAUGAAACUGACAAGAAAUAAUGGCUGGUUGACCACUCUGUAUUUACGUGUUUAUUUGCCCUACAUUUCGAAAUUUUAAUUAUUUUUAAGAGUUUUAUUUUUAACGACUAUUUUAGUUUUGUAUUACAAGUGUUAGUUACAAAAACAGUUCGUUUUAUGUUUAAUUUAGCAUAAUUAUAAAGCGCAUUCGAUCAUAUCCUAAUGAAUUUUGCGCUAUACAAGUGAUGAGUUAUUGUUAUCAUUUUCUUAGGUGCCUUAGCUUUUACUAAAGGCACGGAGAACUGUUCGGAUUUGUGACUUUAGACAGUUCUCCUGCCCAUAGAGUAACCUGGUGGCUCGUCAGUAUACCAUAAUAGAGACAAUACAUAUCAGUUAAUCAGAAAUUGUUUUGUGUUUGGCUUCAUGUUUUUAGGUACCUUGGCUUCGUGGGAUGUAUGGGUGAUAUGGAGGUUAAGGGUAACGCAGCGUUGUUUGAUAUAACCAACUUUGACAUAAAAGGACCUGAUAAGAGCAGUGACUCAUGCUAUGAUGUGGCCCAACCAGGUCUUGGCUUCAAUGGUUCGGCGUGGGCAAGAUUCGGUACGAAAACAUGAUUCUUUCAUCAUUCCUGGUUAACUAUUUUCCAGCCCCGCUUUUACGUGAACUAGGAAAAGUCUUACGACCUAUAGCUUGACGAAAAACAAUAAAGACCAAUACCAAUCCAGACCAACUAUCGUUUAUAAAUCAUACCACAUUGUUAGGACAAGCGUGCUUAACUAACUGAACACCCUUCUGUACUGGACACGGUAUGACUGUAGUUAUAGUAUCUGUACAACAGAACUAUUCCAAAAAUUAAUGCCACAAUCCGAGGAAACAAGGGGAAAACACCAUAAUAACAAAACGUUACCGGACGAAAUUUUUUUGCAUUUUUUUUCUAGAGAACAUCACGUUAGGUGAAAACUUUAGCGUUGAAUUGACCUUCCGGACUUCAACUCGUGACGGUCUACUCUUUGUGAUACUCGGUAACUCCACAACUGAAGCAGGUGAGUUGAUUAGAUGCCCGAAGCUCUGCUUAAUACGCAGUCAGCAGAUAAAGAAUAGAGAACGCAUGUGCGUGAGUUAUUUAUGAGCGCGCAGAAAUACGCUAGCGUCGAUGACGUGAUAGGGCUGUGGAUGAAACCAUUACGUAGUGAGGCAAGUCUUAAUUUUUGCCUCAAUUUAUUAAAAAGAGAAAAGCAAACCACCUUCAUUUAUAAUAAACAGUGCUGUCCUCUUCUUCCUCAAUUCUAUUGUUUUUUCCCUCCCCCCGCCCCACUCAACCACCAACAGUACCACAAUUUGACUGUUUCCCACUAAUACCGGCGGGCACUGUCACUAUCGACGAUGGCUGUUGCUUUGCUCUUUUGUCCACUUUAGGUAACCAGAUGCAAGCACGCCUGGAACAGUCAAGCGGACAGGUAUUAUAAGAUGCAUGAAAUACAAAUAGUUCUGAAUUUUGUUCCACUAAACGUGUAAAGAAAGGAUGUGGAACCUAACACAUUCAGAAUCCAAGUUUGAGAGAGGACGCAAACACAAGAAGACCAUGUUUUUUUCCUCUCUCCUGACUUCACCAACAGUUGACUUUAAUACUGAACAAGGACUGAUCACGAUAAAGUUUGAAACAGCGCGAAUUCAUUUUAGACACGUUUGUGUUGUUGUUGUUACUAAAUCUCUGUGCAACAGAUUUUUAGCAAGAACGACGCGACCGCAAAGAGAAGUAAGUAAAAAACGCAAAACGUUUUAAAACGAAACAACUUUUUCGAGUUUUUCGUGUUUUCUAUACUUGUAUGCGGUCCCCAAGAAUUGAGCUACAGGAAAAUUAACCCACCCUGUAAGUCAGUUGAAAUCAUCGCGAUGGAGUUUGGAAAAGUAACACCAAUUCACUUUUAGAGGCGUUUUCGCUGCUGUGUUGUAGUCAUUGUUAAAACACUCUUUUGUGUGUAGACGAUAAAAUGAAGUCAAAUCGUAAAUUGUAAUUUCUCCGCUCUCCUUUAAGCGCGACAGAAGCUGCACGUGUCCUGGUAAGGUGAUAAGAAGUAUGUCGGGAAUCCUUGACCCUGAGCUUAGAACUGACGACUUCCAUCUUUCUUACCGGCUGAGCUACGAGAUCAGACAAGAGAGUUAGUUGCCAAAAUUUAUGGCACCCUCCGAUCAUUGUAGUGAAUGAUGACAACUGAGGGCAAAACGUGUUCAUCCUUUUUAGAUAAUUUUCACUUAUAUCGCUACGAUCAAUGAAUCACGAGUUGUGUGGACUGAACCUGGCCUUGGAAACAAUAGCCAGUCGUCAUACCUGAUGUGCCAGAUGGACUGGCACACCGUGAGAGUAAGGAAACAUGGAAGGAACAUAACCAUAAACAUGGAUGACGGCCAUUACGCUAGCGGUACAGUGUUAGAUGGUACCAGCAUAAACGGGAAACUAUUUCUGGGUGGAUUUCCAGGUAAAAUAUUUACAAACCUUUCAAAGUUAUAAAAAAAUAUUAGGGAGUGCGUGCGAGAUCGAUGGAAGGUCAACAAAACGCUCUUGCUGCAACGUUGCUUUGUGUACGUUUCACGCGAUAGGAGCGCAAAACGCGAGUGACCAGAUUACGAGUGAUUGAAGGUCCAAACGCGCAUGAUCAGAUCGCGUUCUGUUCAUUUCGUUCAUUAUAAGUAAAAAGCCCAAACGAACGCUGGCUACAUACGUGCCGCGCAUGCGUAAUAGCAACCAUGAGGUCAGGAUUGCGGGCUCCUCUGAUCGCCAGAAAUAAGCAAAAUUUAGGUUAAACUCAAAAUAAUAAAGUAAGUUUUCUCAGGAAUACGAGAACAACAGGGCAAAACGAAAGAGAGAGAUCUUUGAGGUUUUAUUCAGUUGGUGAUUGUCUUUCCUGCAGCUACUACGUCGGGAGAAAACAAUACCGUUUGGACCGGAUUUCAAGGCUGUGUCAAGUCAUUCAGUGUGGACGGGGAAAAUCUUCACUUUGCACGAGCUGCAGACGCAUCUCAUGUCUCUUUAGCCUGUCCACUGAACAACAAAGAAAAAGAGUCCAUUGUUGACAGUCAACAAUAAUAACUCAGGAUUUAAAGUAAUAGUCGUUAAUGUACGCAGACAAAAAACUAAAGAACGAUGACGUAGAAGUGAUGCUGUUUCUCGGUCUAAUGAAACUGACAAAUGAACUUUGCAUAAAUCCUAUGUUGUAUUUUUGCUUUUAUUUUUCUCAGGGCUAAAUUUCAGGCAGGAGAAAACCCUGGGUUUUAACUUUGGAUUUAAUCGACGAGUGAUCUUUUUGGGACAACGAACUUUCAACGAUACCAAUAAAGGGAAGGUCAACUAAAAGAUCUUCAACUUUUGUGUCGUUUUAGGUGGUCUAGCAAUAACAUUCUUUUGUUUUGUUCUUUUUAAUUGCCUCA